GUGCGGCACAAACUUUAGGAACAGCCAGGGCCCUAGGGUCUACCUAACCCGCUUCCCACCCAGUGACCGGCAGGAGAGUAGAGAUCAGGAGCUAUUACUUCACUUCUCGCUGGUCUUAAUGUUAUGGCUGAUCAUUUCUCGGUACGAGGGCUGCAGUUCGGAGCUGGGUGUCAGGGUGCAGGUGCAGGCUGCAUUGUGGGAGAUAUGAGGGGCUGAUAAGGUGAGAGGGCGCAAAGCAGUGACUUCCGGAAAUACAGCACAUUGAGACACAACACAGUGCCACACACUCCUCUCCGCACAACGCAGCGACACUCCGGCCCGGGGGCCCCAAAUAUUGGGUGACAGGUAGUGCUCUGACCUGGCACCCGAACACAAGACAACGAGGUCAGGUAUCCGAACACAGGCCAACGUACAGCCCCGCAGCCACGGACCCCCAAUAGCGGCGUGAUGGACACAAUCGGUGUGAUGUACUCUGUUGCUGUUGUCCUCCCCAUAAUUGUUAUCACUGGCCUGUGUAUCGGCUGCCGAAAGAAGAUACCAAUUCACAUAACAGAGACUGGGUACUACGAUGACAAGCCUCCAUACACUCCACCCUCAGAUUUUACGAUCAUCAGGCGACCCCAAGUUCUCCCGCGAUCAGUCUCCUCUCAGGGCACCAUGUGCCACCAUGAUGUCCUGCUCUCUAUUCCGAGGUCCCCAGUCCCCGAGAGCCGGAGAAGUUCAGUGGGAAGAGAAAUCAAAGUUUACCCAAAUAGUUGUGACUCCAUAACACACUCAGCAAGUGCUCCCCUCUUAAAAAGCAAGAGUAUAGAAUAUGAUGAUGAUUAUGAUGAUGAAGGAGCAGAUCCGAACUACACCAACGACAACCCUUGCUGUGGCUACAUCGAGGUACUGCCAGAUGAGGGGGUCACACAGCUUGGACCAGUCCUGGUAGUUACAAGUGAAGUGGAUAACAGAACAAGCUUCUCCUCAGUUGGCACCGAUGAAAAUUAUGUAAAUAUUGGCGAUUCUGACGACGCAAAAACAUCUUCAACCAAUGGCAACUACGUUAACGUUGGAGACGCCAGUGAUAUAAAGGGUGAAAGUCUGGAGUAUGUGAAUGUAAAAGAAGAUGAAACACAUCCAAGCUCCAUUAACCAGGAGAGUGAAGAUGAUGAUAUGCCAGAGUAUGAAAACAUCGAGAAAGGGAAUAAAGGACUCCACACCUGCUGAAGGACGAGCCUUUGUUUUACUUCAGAUGACCAACCCUGAUUUUUCUAGGCUGUGCCCAAAAGAAAAUCUUUUUGAUGGCCUGUAAUGCUUUAAAUUGACCUGUCCACCAUUUUGCUUGGGUUUCCUUGUUGGGUUGACCUUCGUUUGUCCCUACUGGGACAUUUUACAUUGAGAUGAGAUGCUAUGCUUUGUUUAGUAUGUGUAAUGGGUUUCCAUGAUCAUUUUCAACCAAGAACAUGAAUUUUAGUUGAGCUGACGAGUCUGAGAUGAAGAGGUUGAAGAUGACAUAUGGAGAUAGACCUACAGCACUCCUCGCCCUGCUUAUGAUCUGCUACAGGUCAAGUUUGACCUCCAUUUAUGUUAUUAUCCAAUAUAAGAAAUGGAGACAGUAGUUGGCUUCUUCUAAAUAACAAAAGAACUCAACUACUACGUGGUAGAUCUUCGUUAUGAAUAUUUUUCAAUAAUUUUUACUAAUUACAAAUUUUUAUAGUUUUUUCCCUAUUGAGGGACAGACCGCACCAAGCCAGGACCAAUAACAAAAUGUGUCUAAAAUAUUAGACAAAUUAAGCAAAAGUGAGACUUUUCUUAAGUACUUGAUGGUUUGGAUCUUUCCAGAACCACCCACUAUAUGAAGGCUCCAUAUAAAGCAGUGGUUUCCAAGCUAUGGUUCUUCAGCUGUUGCAGAACUAAAACUUCCAACAUGGCCUGCCAUGACACGCUGAGAGUUGUAGUUUUAUAAGAGCACCACUAAUCAAUCCUGAGAAGUAUAUAUAGGAGUGCAUGGAUUUAUUAUUUAUACUGUGUAGAUAUUUUUAUGUUUUCAAUAUUUUGUAGACCAAACCCUGAGAUGUUCGCAGCUUUUAUGACCACGAACAUUAUGGUCAGAGCCAUUGUAGAUGCAUAUUUAUAAGUAAAGGGGUCUAUCACCUUACAAUACCCAAGGAUCACCUACCUUGUAUCUACAGUGAUAGGCCUGUAUUCUGCAUUUCCUCACUAUCAUUAAACCCUAUCCUCAUGUCUUCAUUCAUUUUUUUUUUUUUUUUUUUUGAGAAAUGUCAAAAUAUUCAUCGGUCCAAGUUAUAAAUGAUAGAAAUAGACAGGACCUGAUUAUUUGCAGUAGUAAAUGUGUUUUAUUUAUUUUUCUUAUUCUUUACUCUUUUUUUAUAUAAUUGUAUUACUAUGCUAUUAAAAGUCUUCAAAAUCAA